AUGUUCAGCCCGAAGAGCGGGGACACCGCGGGGGGCAAGUUCAAGGAGGACUUGAACAAUAUCCUCUCGUGCCCGGAUUGCAGGACGAUUCCUCCCAACUUGGUGGAGGAGUUCUCCAGCGGAGACAUGGUGUGCGAAGACUGUGGUGUCGUGGUUGGUCAGCGCAUCAUCGACAAUAGGUCUGAGUGGCGAACGUUUGCCAACGACGACCAGAACGGUGACGACCCCAGCCGUGUCGGCGGUCCGCAGGAUGAGUUUAUCGAGGGCCAGCAGCUGGCGACGACGGUGGCCUUUUCCGAGACCAAGGCUCACAAGGCGCUGUCUCGCACGCAGAACAAUGCCAGCAGCGACAAGGGCCAGAAGAACCUGCUGCAGGGGUACAAGGAGAUCGUGUCGCUCUGCGAGACCAGCAAUGUCGGGCAGAACGUCACGAACGCAGCCAAGCACAUCUUCAAACUGGUGGACAAGCACAAGGCGCUCAGAGGCAAGCCGCAGGAAGUCAUCAUUGCCGGGUGCCUCUUUGUGGCGUGCCGCCAGAACAACGUACCCAGGACGUUUCGCGAAAUCUUCAACCUGACCAACGUCGGCAAGAAGGAGGUGGGCCGCGUGUUCAAGCAGCUGCAGACGUUCCUGCUCAAGAUCCGCGACGAGGAUGACCAGGAGACAACCAAGGGCCUGGACGCGGUGACGAGCUACGAGAAUACGACGACGAGCGCGGCGGAUCUGUGCGGCCGCUACGUGUCGCAGCUGGGCUUCAAGAAUCAGCAGCGCAUCACCAACCUGGCUCGGGCCGUAGCGAUGGAGGGGCAGAAUGACGUGCGCAUAGGAGGCCGGUCGCCGCUGUCGGUGGCGGCGGCGUGCAUCUACAUGGUGUGCCACCUGGUGGGCGAGCCGAGGCCAUCGCAGCCGAUUGCUCAGCAGGCAGGCGUCAGCGACGGCACGGUCAAGACGGCCUACAAAAUCCUCUACAGCCUCAGGGACCAGCUCAUCCAGAAGGAGUGGCUCACGGAUGGUGCCAGCAUGGAUAACAUCCCUGUCGUGCAGGCUUAG